AUGACUACGCAUACUGCGCCGCCGCUCGCCAGCCGCCAUGCUCAGUACACGGCGGGCACGAAGAAGACAACAGAGUGGUUGUGUCUGACUGCUCAUACCUUGACCGGCGCUGCCAUCGACCUCACCGAAGCCACUCAAAUCAGCGUUCAGAAGCACUUAUCGUUGGCGCAAACAAUCGCCACAGCCGCAAAGUUGGCUAUGCAGGUUGAGGUGGAAGGGCUUUCGCAGACACCAUCGCUUCUAGAUGGUGUCAUCGAAUCGCGACAAGAGUUUGUCAAAUUCUACUCUGCACACUACGCUCGCAGUCAGCGACAGAGCAGUCACGGCCACAGGCACUGCCUUGGAGCUCUGCGAAAUGUGCGAAUGGUCUUGCUCACUGUCCAGCUGCCCGAGACUGGGUCUGCGGAUCGCGAGGACACAUCAGGGCUGCCUACGGCCAAUGUCUACUGCAUACAAUGGCACCGAUGGGAGGAGGACGAGGAUGAGAAUAACGAUGAUGAGGCGCUGUGGGCCACAUCACACACUGCACUGGAAACUGAUCAGACACAAAGCGGACAUGCUCCUUUCACGCAUCAGGAACGACCUCCGGAGGAACUCUUGGACAGGGAAUUCGCCGUCUGGUGUUUCGUCCGCGAUGCUCAGGAUCUUAAGCGUUGGGCUCGCGACGCGCUGCAGGAAUAUUCAUCUGGUCAUAUCAGCUUCACGGCUGCAUCUGAGGUGCUGACUACAGCCGUAAACCUCAUACGGGAGCACGCUUCACAGCAGCUAGGCCCGGACGACUGGACCAUCGUGCAUGAGUUUCUUGAGCUUUAA